AGACGAAUGAAUGUUUGGUUAUAAAAGUAGCGUUACAGUUAGGCCAGCGGAUCCAUUUUUUGCAUCGGUGUUUGGAUAAAUCGAUCAAAUAACCAGCAUGUAUUUUUUUUCAAAAAUUUUGGACUAAGUUUUAGCAUAAGGUGUUACAACUUAUGAAAUCGAUCAAUUGCAUCGGUUUCUCAAACAACCGAUGCUAAAGCUUCAAUCCAAAAAUAAAAAAACAUGGGGAUUUUGCAUUGGUUCUUAAAAAUUAAGCAAUGUAGUUGACUAAUUGCAUCGGUUAUUCUAAUAACUGCAAUAAAACUGUCAUUGCUCAUCGGUUGUUAGUGGAUCUAGUGUUUUAGCCCGUCAAUCCAAGGAAGCGGCAUAUGAGCUUGAACAGGAGCAAACUCGUGAAGGAGGUUGAGAUGUUGAUGGCACCAAGCACAUUAAGGAGGUGAAACACCCAAGCUCGCUUGCGGAAGUAGUUUUGCUGUUUUGGCUCCUAAAGGGUUGACCUUUUAGAUGUGCGUAAAUUAUACCGAUCUCAAUGCAGCCUACCCAAUGGAUCCCUUUCCAUUGUUGAAUACUGACUAAAUGGUAGAUAAGACGACGAGGGUGUGUAAUCAUGUUGUUUGUGGACGUGUUUUACAGUUGAUCCCGCUCGUCACUCUCAAAGUCGUAAACGGACACUGGACGCUGUCAGCCGCAACCCCAGUUUCCACCACGUCGGACAAGGCAUCGCCAAUUGCUUCACCCAUUGGUCCAUCCCUUAUGCAAAACGGCGUCGUCUUUGGAUUAACUAAAACGCAUAUCAGCAGUCAGCGGUUCUCACCCAAAUGUCCCAAUUCCCAAUUUUUGGUUUUCAAUCCUAGCCUGCCGCCCGCGAUUGUCUGCGACUCUAGCCGUUGCCACGACUUCAGUGUCUCGUUGCCGACCCCCCCUCAUUGUCUCCAGCUCCCCGUGUCCGUGCCUUCGUCUUAUCUCGCCGCAGAACGCCCAACGUGUGUAGGGCUGUAGCAUUGAAAUGGAUGCAGUUAAACAAGAGAAAGUACGAACGUAUGAGGAAUUUGUGGAUAAACGUUUAAAACCAGAUCUUGUCCGUGCUAUUGGUGAGCGGGAUAAGGUUUUCGAGCAACAAAAGAUAUUCUCGGAUUUGAGACGAAACAUUGAGAAUCUUGAGAAGAAUAGUGUGACAAGUCUUAGAACACUAGUCAAUCUUGGUUCUGAAGUUUACAUGCAAGCUGAUGUGCCAGACACUAGACAUAUCUUUGUGGAUGUCGGACUUGGCUUUCAUGUGGAGUUUACUUGGUCUGAAGCUCUUAAGUAUAUUUCAGCUAGGGAGAAAAAACUGGCCGGGGAAAUAGAAGAAUAUACUCGCCUCAUUGCAUCAAUUAAGGCUCAGAUCAAAAUGGUUUGUGAAGGGAUACGAGAGCUACUCCAGCUUCCUGCAGAUAGCUUCAGAAGUGAAAGAGAUCUUUAGUUAUACACUGAUGGCGUUGUUACGAUCACCAAGGUAACAUCGUUGCAUGUGAUUGACUUGCGAAUUUGAUGAUUAGUAUGAAUUCAUGUGCUCAUCAAAUUGAUGCUAAUUAUCAUGGUUGUCCCCUACAAUCAUCUUCAUAAAGAAGUUGUAAGCUAGCAUUCAUUGGAUGAUCAAUCACUAAUGGCUUGCUUGGUUACAAUGAGAAGUAUGGGUUUCUACAUACAAGUUCCUGAUUUUGAUUAUGUUCAUUGAAACCAAAGAUUGUAUGUCCAGUAACUUUAUCCUACAGUCUAUAUCUACCUUAAAAUUGUGAGCAAUUAAUUUUUGGUUAGUGAACAUUUAAGCCUUUUUUUAUAGCAAUGAUUGCACACAUAUUGAGCACUCAUUUAUGUUUAUUGAACACACAACUUAUAUACUUAGUGAGCAUAUAAGUUUUUGUUGUAGAAUAAUUGCAAAAGAGUUGU